CUCUACCAAGGGCCAGUCGAGAACUGACCGCCAUGGACACUCCAAUGCACGCGAUUAACGAGUCCAGCCUCCUCCUGGGCAACGCCACGGGCGACGCACAGGUGCUGGGGCUGCCUCUUAACUGGGUGGAGACCCACCGCGCUUCCAGUCUGCUCAUCGCCUUCGCCUGCUGUGUAAUGGCGACUCUUCUGAGUGUCUACAACAUUGUGCAGCACUUGGCGCACUACUCACGGCCGCAGCUACAGCGCUACAUUGUGCGCAUUUUGGUGAUCGUACCAGUCUACGCGAUGGGUUCUCUGCUGUCGCUCAUGUUCGUGAACCAGGCGCUGUACUUCGACUCAAUCCGCGACUGCUACGAGGCCUUUGUGGUGUAUUCCUUCUUGGCGCUCGUGCUGAGCUUCGCAGGCGGAGAGUCCGUCUGUGUCUUGAAGAUGCAGAGCGAGCCCGAUAUCCGCCACCCGUGGCCUAUUAACCGCUGCUUUGACCCGCUUGGACGCGACGGUAGACUCCUGAGACUGUGCAAGCGCGCCACAAUCCAGUUCGUCUUCAUCAAGCCCAUCUUCGCAGCGCUGUCGCUGCUCAUGUUGGCGUGUGGCAAGUACCACACACUGGCCUACCAAUUGAUUCUCGCCGUGGUGUACAACAUCUCGUAUUCUCUCGCUCUCUAUGGCUUGUACAUCUUCUACCUCGCCACGAGACACAUCCUGCAGCCAUUUAACCCCGUGCUCAAGUUCUUUGCCGUCAAGAGCGUCGUGUUCCUCACCUUCUGGCAGAACAGUCUACUGGAUUUCAUCCCAGGCAUCACGAACGAACAGACUUUCGCCUGGAAGGACUUUAUCCUGUGCGUCGAGAUGGUAUUCUUCGCCUUCGUCCACUUACUGGCCUUCAACUCGAAUCAAUUCAAGAAAAAUCUGGACCGACUACCGGAUUCCGAAGUGCUGAAUAACAUGAAGGAGGUGCUGAGCCUCUCGGAUAUUCUAGCAGACGCCUACCACAACUUCAUGCCGUCCUACAAAGACUACAUGUUGCAGCGAGGAGGCGAGUCCACUGGCCGUGCUCGCAAAGGCCACAGCUCAACCGGCUUUGGAGACGCUUCGUCGUCUGAAGGCAGUCCGACGCCGAUGGCGCAUAACAACGCGCGUGUACCGCGUUUUGUCAUUGAUGACGAAGACGACGACGAGAUGGAGGUGAUCGAUCUCGAGUCGAACGCCAGUACCGUAACAACAUCGGCUGAAUUAUCUACCAAGGAUAAACUACCGGAGCUUAGGUUGCCGGAGAGGAAGGAGGCAGACAGCAGCGAGACUGGAGCGGACGUUAUUAUGGCUAACCCACAAGAUGAUGACCAAGCUAAGGCUGUUGAAGACGCUGCCCUCGAGGAAGGUGUCAGUAACCAGCGACCAGCAGAUGAUGCCGCACCGGUAGAGACGCCGACGCGGCAACGAUCCAAUAGCUCCCCAACUGCUGCUAGUGCUCAUGAACGCACGCGACACAGCGAGGAGAGCGCAACUCUAUAGACAAUUAAACUUCUAGCUAGUAUUAUCGUAUCGUACGUAUUGUAUUGACACCGCCCAAUACAAAAAAAAGAAUUGUGAGUACAUUCCUCUGCAUGGCGU